AUGGCAUUAGCAUUUUCGAAUUCAAACAAAUUCCUGCUCAACAAUCAGCAGAUAUUGAGAUCAGUCUUGAUAUCGGUGGUACGUUACAAGCAGCGUGGACAUAUCCCUGAUCAACUUGUCGAACAUCAUAGACAGUCGCCCUUAGGAAAGGCAAAAGCAGGUGCUGCAGUUGGUGUUUCUCCACCGAAAGACGACAAAACACCGAAUCUACGCACUACACCACAUGAUUUCAAAUAUGUCUAUCCAGAUUUUCUACCUAAUCCAAUUCCGUAUUUACGCGAUCGUAUCUUGGAAAAACUUGAACGAAAAGAUAUGUUUCGUCGGCGACAACAAAUUGAAAUACCAGAAUUUUAUGUCGGAAGUGUCCUUGGUGUAACAUCUGCUGAUCCGUAUGCACCAAAUCGACGCAAUAGAUUUGUUGGUAUCUGUAUUCAACGUGAAAGACAUGGACUAAAACAUCAAUUUACAUUGAGAAAUAUCGUUGAUGGAGUUGGGGUGGAAAUUAUCUAUGAACUAUACAAUCCAACAAUAACAAAAAUCGAAGUUUUGAAACUCGAACGACGUUUAGAUGAAAAUCUCGCUUAUCUACGCGAUGCACCACCAGAGUACUGUACAUUUCCAUUUGAUAUGGAACCAGUUAAAUUGCCACCUGGUUCAGGUGUACCUUUAAACACAAUUCAAGUACCUAUUACAAGUACUCAUUGGCAAUACAAAUGGGAACGUCAUGAUUUGAAAGGUGUUCUUCUUCCAAAACUACCGCGUAGUGUAGGCAAAGCUAGCGAACGUUACAGUCAACCAUGGCGUCAAUGGGAUAUCAUGCGACAAUAUCGAACGGAGAUUCACGAUGAUGAUCGUGCUGAAAUUUUCGAAGAUAUUGAGAAACACAAACAAGAUCUAGCACAAUAUCGUAUUGAUAGUAAAGAAAAUGUGAAGAUCACGCGUACGCGACAAAAAGCAGCGGGACGGAAAGCGAUUUUAGAUGAUGCUCCGAAGGCCAAUCGACCAAGUUCAUCUACUUCACAAUAA